AUGUUAAUAAUGCCACAAGUUUCAUCCUCAGCAGCAACAGUGGCAGUUGAUAAGGCAACGAGUGAACUUUUAAACGCUCCUGAUUGGACUCUUAACAUUUAUAUUUGCGAUUCUCUUAAUUCUAAUCACUGGCAAAGAAAGGAUAUUGUAAAGGCAGUGAAAAGAAGGUUGCAACACAAGAAUUCUAGAGUGCAAUUACUUGCUUUGACGCUUUUGGAGACCAUGGUGAAGAAUUGUGGUGACCAUGUACAUUAUCAUAUUGAUGAGAGAAAUAUAUUGGGGGAGAUGGUCAAAAUUGUGAAAAGGAAGGCAGAUAUAACAGUGAGGGAAAAAAUCUUGGGGUUGUUGGACUCAUGGCAGGAGGCAUUUGGAGGUCGUAAGGGUGAACAUCCUCAGUACCAUUGGGCAUAUCAGGAGCUCAGGCGUUCAGGCAUAUCAUUUCCCGAGCGUUCACCAAAUGCAGUCCCUAUCCUUACACCACCGCCUAAGCAUCAUCCUCGUCACGGAAUGCCAAGCAAUUCUUCUAGAAGGUUCGACGAACCUACAGACACUGAAUUUGAUUUUCUUACUUUCUCUAGCUUGGACUCCUUAAAGGAUGUUAUGGAUCUCUUAGCUGACAUGCUGCAUGCUGUAAACCCUAGAGACCCUACGGCAGUGAAAGAUGAAGUGAUAGUUGAUCUUGUCAACCAAUGUAGUUCCAACCAAAAAAAGCUGAUGCAUAUGCUUACAACUACUGGGGAUGAGGAACUUUUAGCACGGGGACUUGAGCUAAAUGAUGUUGUGCAAAGCUUAAUUGCAAAACAUGAUGCCAUAUGUUCAGGUUCGCCGUUGACAAUGAAAGUUACUACUAGUGUGAGCUCCAAGCCAAGUGAAGCAAGUACGGUUGAGAAAUCAAACGAAGUGAAGAGUUCAAGCCCGGCAUCUAAUAUCAGUCCACCUGCAAGUGUUGCUAUCGUGACAAGAAACCUGAUUGAUGAAGACGAAGAAGAGGAAGAAGAUUUUGCACAGCUAACUAGAAGGCAUUCGAGAGCAGAGUCGAGCUCUUCUCAAAGCACAUCUGCUGGAACAAAUGAAUCUCUUUUGCCAAUCAAGGAUACCGUACUGACAACUUCCUACGACCCAACUCUCUCAGCCACUGAUGAACUUUGCAUUGCAUUAGCAUUGCCAUCAGAUUUAGAUGCACAAGUUAAUAACACAAAAGAGCAAGACUUGAUUGAUCUUCUAAGCCUCACUUUGUCAACAUCAUCAUCAGCUUCCCCAUCCCAUGCCCCUUAUUCUUCACCGUCUGCAAAUAUGAACCAUCAAGUUCAGGCACCUUUUUUCGAGGGAUAUCCGUACCCUGAAAAUAAGGGAUCUCUGCCAUAUGAUAGUUAUAUUGUUCCUUGGGCCCAGCCUCAUCUUCAAUUCCGAAGCCAGUUUCAGGCAGAAUCUCUAACUCAAAACCAGUCAAAUUCACUGUUUCUGGGCCAACAACAGCCCCAAUCAUUGUUACAACCUCAAUACUCAUCUGGGUAUCCCCUUCCGCAAUGGGCCGCUACACCCGGUUAUUUGACCGGCGGAAAUCACCUUUCCUCUGCGAAUAACAUGCAUUCAACCCAAAAACCCAACGCUGCCUCAACAAAUCCUAUGGAGGGAAGCGGACCCUUGCAGCACUCUAAUUCUUGGGCGACGCCUAUGCUGGCACAGAAACCUUAUAUUCCGCCCUACAGAUUGUUUGAGGAUUUGAAUGUACUCGGAGAUGGCGAUGGAAGGCUUAAGGUGGAGACCACUACUUCUCCCGAAAGCAUGAUUGGUGGAAAGAAGUAAAGAUAUUUCAAUUUUCUGCAAUAAUAAUAUGAACA